GAAGGCACGAAGCUGCAGGCAAGGUUUGCCCAGAAGAAGUUAUAUUCCAAUCCAAAGAAGCAGGAUCCAGCCCAUGAUGUUAAGCGAGGCAUAAAAGACCUCCCUAAGCAUCUAUACACUCUUUCGUCCACAUCUAAUCACAACUGCAUUUUUUACGAUCUCCGAGAAUGUCACACGCCUUCGUCAGAAACUUGUCUUUCCAGACCAAAGAUCUCGGGAGGGAAGUGACGCUUUUGUUGACUUUCGAUGGCGACGUCAAAGGCAUCUACGAGACAUUCUUUCCCGUAGUUUGUUGGCUCACCACCUUCGGACAGACAGGCCCGUACAGGAUGCACGCGACUUACACAAACCAACUUGCUUUUUCCAGACCACAAGUCGACAAUGGGUCCGUUGUUGACGCUGAAACCUGUGUGGAGAUCAAUAAUCCUGUCAAGGGAAUUCCUGGUUACCUAGAAGCCCGGAACGAUACUGGAUCCAUUCAGGACAUUGCACUCGGCUUUAUGAGCCCCAGAGACUUGAUGCCUAGGCCGGUACUAUACUUCAAGGAAGUUGAAGACGGCAGUAACAUCACGGCUCAGUUCACUCCAAUGCUGCGCGCCUAUAUCACUUCGGAUUAUCAAGACACCGCGAUCUUGCACGGAGCCAUUGACACCCCUGCGAUCUGGGAGCAGAAUCUUGCUGCGCUUUCUGAAUCUACGACCUGGAACCUUACACGGGACCCAGCCACUGGACAUUACAGGAUCACUCAAGCUAAUCAAGGAAUGUCAAAUCGGAGCACACAGUUAACUGUUGCCGGAGAAUGAUACAAAUACCAUUACUAGCUGACAGUUUGUAUUUUUAUCAUGUCGCUCAUCUCUCUCGCAUAUCACAAUAUUGAAUGCCGGCUCCCGAGAGGCUGCUGUACAGGUAUGCCUGGAGUAAACCGAUCCAUAUUUGUAGUACGAGCAUAUCCUUGAGCUCUGACAUUGUCGUCCACCUGCAUGUCGUCCAUCCCUGCUACAUCAGGUUACAUCCCAUCACCAUGAUGGAAGACCAAAAUCAUACAACGAUUCUCACUUCCCUACUUCAUCUCAUACACCGAGCCACGCAGGCCAAUCACUUGUAUUCAAUAAUUAUUCUUUGGGGUGUGGACUUAAGAGUAGAAGCGGAUAACGUAAUUAUUUAAUAUUGUCUGGCCAAUGAGAAAACGAGUGUUUCUCG